AUGAGCUCCUAUCUCAGCUUCCAAUGGCCCAAUCCCCAGGGCGUCUGCUGCUACCGCUCCUUCGACAACCCUAACGACCACUCUAUUAUCGCCAUCAAAGUCCCCUGGCUCCAAUGGCCCAACGACCCUCUAGAGGAUAAGAUUCUACACGACAAGCUUUCGAGUGAGACGUAUCAUAAGCAUAUGAAGAUCACUAGCAUUAUUCUUAUGAACGAACAGCUAAGACUGACUAUAGAUGAUUUGGGGGAUGGAGACGAUCAUUUGAAGUUGUUCUAUGGGUUUGCCGCUGAUGAGAUUGCAAAUAUGAAAGAGGUCAAGGGGUUGGAUCUCGGGAAGGAUGUUGUCAAGUGGAUUGGAAAGGGGAGAGAUGCUGUUCCUAUUUUCAGGAGGGUCAGGACGAGAAGCACAGAUCUUGUCUAA